GUGUUCAUGCGCUGGGGGGAUAUUUACCUCUUCAGACUGUGUUGAAUGUAACAGAUUUGCACAGGCUGGUCCAAAAUCAGAAAUUAAGAGUCAGGUUUGCCCUAGCACAAGGCCCUAAACUAUUUAGCACAUUGACUUUCACCAGAGGCCCGAUGCCUCCUCCUGCGUGACGCCUCCUCCUCUCGGCUUGUAUAAAAGCGGAUCUGCUCCCGGAGCUCAGCGGGGUUUGAUCGCGCCUCCGGCCGGGCCACAGAGCGCCUUCACUGCCUCCACCUCCUCAUCACUUCUCCUUUACACCACCCAGACAUGGCACCCUUCGAGAAGUCCAUGGAAAUGAUGCCCUUCAAGCAAAGGAAGUGCUUAGCAACAAGAAAAGAUGAAGUCUGCACAAUUCGCUCCAAGUUCCCCAACAAAUUACCCGUCAUCGUCGAGCGUUGCAUUCGGGAGAGGCGGCUUCCCCUAUUGGACAAAACAAAAUUCUUGGUCCCUCAUGAGCUCACAAUUGGUCAGUUUCUGUGUCUGCUCAGGAGUAAGAUAGCACUGGAAGCGUCCCAGGCUCUCUACCUGCUGAUCUCAGGAAAAAACAUGUGCUCCAUGACAGCCAGCAUGGCGGAAGUAUACUCUCAGCACAGAGACCCAGACGGCUUCCUCUACAUGACCUAUGCAUCCCAGGAUAUGUUUGGCUGAGAAGAUCUUCCAUUUCUCCCUUCAUAGGGACAGCUGAAGUCUUCAUGACCUCCAUCACUGACUGACCAAGCUCUCCUACAUUCACUUUUUACCACCACCGCUGCUGCUGCAGACCAUCACUGUGCCUCAGACAACAGACCACUUCCCCAAUCCUGAACAUGUGGCCAAAAAAUCUCUUUUGACCUCUUUUUUUUUUUUUAAUUCAUGUGAGGUUCAUGGUGAGAUAUAAAAACCAAUGAUAUGUACCCUAUGAGAAGUUCACAUCAACUUAUAAAGGGAGAAAAUCAUGUCACGACACUUAUCUUGGAGACACAGCUGUUUGGUCCUGACGAUUAGAGAGCCACCCUGGAACAAUGUCCUGAGGUGCUGUAAGCUUCAGAUAGCACAGUCACAGGAAGUGAGAGAGGAAGACGGGUGAAAACUGCAUGACAUUUCUCUUCUCUGUUGUCUUGUUGUGUGUAUUCACUUUUCUCCUGGAAACACUAAUGGAACUGAAACACCUGAGACAUUCUGGGCACAAAUACUAGGAGAAAAAUGUUUACAAAUGUUUACUUUACCUAUGUACCUCAACUGUAAUUGGGAAUGCUACAAAUAAAUAAUUUUUGCCCUCUUUACUAAAAGUC